AUGAAGACACUUAUUAUUAUUUUUGUUUUUUGUCUCAUAUUUUCAUAUGUAUCUGCACAAGCUUGCAAUGCUAAUCCAUGCCAAUUAGGUGGUUAUUACAGUGAGACGAAUGGUUAUCGUUGUUUCGAGUUAGGUGGCGGUAGUGCUUUAUGUACAUGUCCUGGCAGUGCAUAUGAGAUUAAUCAACCUUGUCGUCUUUGCAACCGACCAAACCCUGCAAACAAUGUGUGCAGAAGUAACAAGGGACAGCCGUUCUAUUGUCUUGAAAAUAAUGACUGUGGGACAUCGUAUGCAUGUCUUUGCAUGGAUACAACCACAGGAAAUGCAGUACUAACAACAGAUGCUGAUUGUGACACAAGAGUUCCAUUGACAUGCUCGUCGACAACUAGCCCUUCAGGUCCAUCACCAUGCUUGAAUGGUGGUGUUUAUACUGGCGGUAUUUGCCACUGUCCAUCUGGUUAUAGCGGAACAAUCUGUCAAGAUAAAAGCGAUUAUAAUUUAUGUGAAAAAGUUCGAUGCAAAAAUAACGGUGUUUGUGCUACUCAAAAUCCAAAUGGACCAUAUGAAGCUGUUUGUCUUUGUCGAUAUGGUACUUGGGGAGAAUAUUGUGAAUUGACUGGUAAACAUUUUUUCGCUAUCUUACUUUCAAAUUAUAAUUGUACAAUAGGUACUUUGGGUUUUUGUUCUGGAAGCUUGUGUUCAAAUGGAGGAGCUUGUAGAGAAAAUGUUAUUAGUUCAACACGUCAUGCUUAUUGUCAAUGUGCACCAGGAUACAAGGGCACUAAAUGCGAGACGAAUUAUUUUACUUGUUACACUACUGGUACUUUUAUUGAUGCUGAUAUGCAUGAGCAAGGAAAAUAUUUUGAAUGUAAACUAGUAUCUGCAGUAUUACGCAUCGAACGAAAAUCAUGUCCAAAAGGACUUCGCUAUAAUGAAUCUGCAAAACUUUGCAUGUAUUAA